AUGGUCGAGGCAGCGGACGACUCGGAGAUCGAUGCCGCAACACACUGGAUCCACCAGUCCACUAGCCUGCAGCAGUCGGCGCUGCCGCCCGGUGCCCGCCCGCCGCUCGGCAGCCGCCCUCCGCCCCUCCCCCGCCCCAAGGCGCGGCGCAGCAAGGCCACCCGCGGGCCCAGCAGCUGCAGAAGCAGCCCCUGCAGCAGCCCCAGCCAGCAGCAGGACGACAGCGACUAUGAGGACGCCGUCAGCGAUGCAGACGCGGAAUGGGCAGCGGCUGCGGCAGCGCUGGGCAGGGCACCGCCAGAGGCAGGCGCCGACAGCGGCAGCCACCAGGCUGAUUCGCCCGAUGCCCCAGCGUACAAGCGCCGGCGGGGCAGCAGCGGCAAGGCCGUCAAGCUGCGCAACCCCGAGUACACCGAGGAGGAGCGCGCAGAGCUGGCCCGCAAGUCCCGCAAGCGCCUGCAGGACAAAACGCUGAAGUCGUAUGACAGCCACCUGCGCAAGCUGGAGGUGACCUUGCUUGCCACAGGCAGCUCGGCGCCGCCAGCGCACCAGCCAACCAACCCAGCUGUGCCCCGCCCCGCCAGGUAG